AAUCUGGAAUCUUCCGAGCGGUCUUUAAAGCAAAUCCUAGUUUUGAUGAAGCCCCAUGGCCUUUUUUUUCAGCCCAUUCGGUAGACUUCGUAAAGAGACAGCUGAACAAGGAUUACCACAAGAGAUUAACUGCUGCUCAGGCUCUUAGUCAUCCAUGGCUGGCCGGUUAUCAUGAUGUCAAGUUACCCUUGGAUAUCAUAACAAACAAGCUUGUAAAAGCCUAUAUAUGUUCUUCUUCUCUCAGGAAAGCAUCUCUUGGGGCUCUUGCAAAGACAUUGGCAAUACCUCAGCUGGCUUAUCUCCGAGAACAAUUUACAUUGCUAGGCCCAAACAAAAGCGGAUUCAUAUUUCUACACAACUUUAAAACGGCUGUGGCAAAGAACUGCACUGAUGCCAUGAAGGACUCAAGGGUUCAAGAUUAUGCCAGCAUGGUAAGUUCACUUCAAUAUAGAAAACUAGAUUUUGAAGAAUAUUGUGCUGCAGCAAUAAGUGUGCAUCAGCUGGAAGGAAUGGAGACUGGAGAGUUGGGAGCAACAUGCACGACGUGCCUAUGA